CUUUCCACAUCCUAGUGUAACUUGCAUUUCCCCAGCCAGCUCCUUAUAGGUCCCUGGUUCCCUGCCAAAGCCGCGAGGCUGUGCCAGCUCUGGAGGACGAAGAUAUGGCCAGAGGCCUGGACUGCAUGAUGAGGUGGGCAACCCUGGUGGUGCUGGCCGCCCUGGGCACAGCUGUGACAGAGGCCACCAACCCCGGCGUCGUGGUCAGGAUCACCCAGAAGGGCCUGGAUUACGCCUGCCAGCAGGGAGUGGCUGCGCUGCAGAAGGAGCUGGAGAAGAUCGAGAUUCCCCCUUUCUCAGGAAGCUUUAAGAUCAAGUAUUUGGGGAAAGGCGACUAUAGCUUCUACAGCAUGGUUAUCCGUGGAGUUCAGCUUCCCAGUUCUCAGAUAAAACUGCUGCCCAACGAGGGCCUUGCUGUCUCCGUGACAAAUGCCAAUGUCAAGAUCAGUGGAAAAUGGAAGGCACGCAAGAAUUUCAUUGACAAGACUGGUGUUUCAGUGCUGGUACAGGAUCUGGAUGAGGAAACUGGAGCUCAGAGAGGCAAAGAAACACUCCCAAAGCCACACAGCAUGGGCGGAGGCUGUGGCAGUGGCAAAGUCAGAGGCAACUUUGACCUGAGUGUGGAAGGCAUCUCCAUUUCGACUAGUCUGAAACUGAGCUGUGACCCCACCUCAGGCCACUCCACCGCCACCUGCGCCAGCUGUAGCAGCAACAUUGCCAGCGUCCACGUGCACAUCUCAGGCAGCCACCUGGGGUGGCUGAUCCAACUCUUCCAGAAAAAAAUUGAGUCUUCACUCCGAAACACCAUAAACAGCAAGAUCUGCCAGGCAGUGACCAGUUCUGUGUCCUCCAAGCUGGAAUCUUUUCUCCAGUCAAUGCCAGUGACAGCCAAGAUCGAUAAUGUGGCCGGGAUUGAUUACUCACUUUUGGCACCUCCGACAGCCACGGCUGAGACCCUGGAUGGGCAGCUGAAGGGGGAGUUUUUCAGCCUGGCCCAUCGCAGCGCCCCUCCCUUCACCCCACCGGGGCUGGCCUUCCCCACCGACCAUGACCACAUGGUGUACCUGGGCCUCUCCGACUACUUCUUCAACACGGCCGGGCUCGUGUACCAGCAGGCCGGAGUCCUGAACCUGACCCUCAAGGACGACAUGAUUCCAAAGGAAUCCAAAUUCCGACUGACAACCAAAUUCCUUGGAACCCUCAUACCCCAGGUGGCCAGGAUGUUCCCCAACAUGACCGUGCAGCUCCUCGUCCAGGUCUCCUCCCCACCUCGCCUCACCGUGGCCCCUGCUGGCCUCGCCUUCACCCCUGCCCUGGAGGCCCAGGCCUUUGCUGUUCUCCCGAACUCCUCCUUGGCGCCUCUCUUCCUGCUCGGCCUGAGCACGCACGUGUCUGUGGAGGUCGGUGCCAAGUCCGACAGGCUUGUGGGACAGCUCGGCUUGGACAAGCUGCUCCUGACACUGAAGCACUCGGACAUCGGCCCCUUCUCGGUUGAACUGCUGCAGGCCAUCAUGAACUAUGUCCUGCCCACCACCGUGCUUCCCAAGGUCAACGAGAGGCUGCAGCAAGGCUUCCCUCUCCCGCUGCCCAGGCGCGUCCAGCUCCUCAACCUGGUGCUCCAGUCUUACCAGAACUUCCUGCUGUUUGGUGCGGACGUGCAGUACAACUGAAGUCACUGCAGGUGCUGGGGGCCGUCAGCCACACAGGGAGGCAGAGGUCGUCGACACCCACUCCUGACAGGCCCGUGGCCCGGCCACCUUUCUCCCAGCCACACUCCCUACCUCUUGACCCCGAGACCCUUGCAAUCUUCUCUAACUCAGGUUCAGAAGUGGCUGAACCAUCGAGAACCUUGUUCCUUGGGAAAGGGUGGUGUGUAUGUCAGGGACUAGGUGCUUCUUACAAAGGCUAAGCCUGCACCAGCAUUUCCCUCAGAAAUUGCAUUUCGGUUGUAAUCACAAUGUUUCUCUUCAUGUUCCACACAAAAAAAAAUCUGGGUUUUUAAAAUAUGGAAUUCUGUGUGAUGGUAUUGUUUCUUGUCUUAUGUCCAUUCAUUCAUUCACUGGCUGCACCCAGCAUGGCCUGUAGCACCAAUGUACGGCACAGAUAUGUUGCUUCUUGAUUUCUCUAGUCUCUUGAGCCCCCAUAUGCCUCUGUUAGCAAAACUGCCAUUGUGUCUCUUUGAAGACACCCCUCAUUCCACACUGGCCAAGAGUCCCAAGGGAGUAUGAGUCUUGCUUCCUAAUGCCAGGCAGUUUGCAGAGUGGAUGGGUCCACGGGGCUGUUGUUCCCGCUGUGGCCGCGUGGUGGCGCUGUUGAACAGCUAUCCUGCACAGCCUGUUUUCCCUGCCCCACACUUGGGCCCAAGAAUAAUAGCUCCUUCAAUCUGUGAUCUCCUCUCCUGCCCAGCCAUUGGGCCCGACGCAGAACUGGGCCAGAGGACAGAUGCCAUUGGAGUUUCAGUCAAUUGCAUCCUCAGCUACAGUUAGCACCUUGCCCAUGGCUUUCCAGAUCACCAGCACAGGCCAUCCUUGGGCUCAGUGAGUUUCCUCCUGGGCUUUGGGACAGACAGCUCCUGCCAUGGGACACCAUGGGUGGCUGUCUCAGGCCAUUAGACAGAUCCUAACAGCAUUUGAUUAAGCAUUUCCUGGAAGUCCUCUCUGAGCUGUUGGCAUCUGGUCUGAGGCUGGAAGGGUGAGGAAGGGUCUGAAGCAGUCAAUGUGGUGCGGGCGACAUGACCAGAAUGAGCUUUAAAAUGUCUUGUUGUGCCUUCUGAAAGGACGAAGGAGGGCAGGAGGUGAAGGGGGUGGGCACGAAUUAGGAAUCUGUUGUUCAGACUUCAUCCAGGCGGGCCGUAGUAAAAAUGGACGAUAGCAGCAUGGAUAGUGAUGGAAACCAGAUGAAAGGUAUUUUUAAAGAAGAUUGUACACAUUGCUGCUAACAGCAUCAGUUUUGUCGAGUGCAGGAGAGGCUCUGGGGCCACACAGGGGAAGAGAGGGAAACUGAUCACGCGCAGCACAUGAAUGAUCCCACUGAACCCCACAGCCCUCACCACCCCACCCUCCCAGU